CGGAUAAGGUUAUGCAGAAGGGAAUUUGGGAGGAUAGGAAGCAUGACUCUUUGCAGAUUUUUGUGUUUAUGAAUAAUCACUUGAAAAAUAUGUCUAUCGUGUUUGUGCCAGAGAAGCUGCGAGGGCGGGCUCAAAUCAACCAGGAAAUAAUACAGAGGUUGCUUGAGGAAAAUGAUCAGUUAGUUCGCGUUAUUGUAGAGUAUCAGAGGAAAGGCAGAGCAACUGAAUGCGUACGAUACCAACAGAUUUUGCACAGAAACCUUGUGUACUUGGCAACCAUUGCAGAUACCAGCCCAAAUGUACUUCCGGCCGCACUUCCUACUCCAGCUGAAAACACUGGCAUUUGUGCUGCAGCACAAGUACAAAGGGAAGAGAGCAAGAAUCUUAGUCCACCAGCGGGGAAAGAAAACACAGACACAUGGGGAGGGACACAGUGAACAACAGUACACAAAAGAAUUCUACCAGUAACACAGUGCACACGGAGUCCAAGAUCUUCUGAACAAUUUGUCCUGGAGCUUGUGUUUUAAUGUAAAAGUUAGUUGAUACAGUACAGUUCACACUAUUUUAUUAUACAUGUGUCUGGUAGUAUGCUCUUUGGUGAGUAGGAAGACAGUGAAGAGUCAAUUCUAACAUUUUGUGUUAAACAAAAG